CCACGACAUGUCCGCCCUUUGGGGGGCAGACCGCCGGCGAUCGGGCCUCCGCGGUGUGUGCGGGCGCGCGGGCGCCCUACCUUUUUGUCUACUCUCCUCUUCCCCUCCUUGUCGCUCCAAGCUGCGUUGCUGUGUUCAAAGAAGUUGAUUGUCCGCUCGUCGUACCAAUCGCCGGCGUCGAGUUGGAUGCAGGUGAUAGAUGUGCACCGAGACUCGUCCGCUUCGACUUGUACGGUUCGUGUCACCGCCAACUCGCCAAUGAGCCGUGCAGUCGACCAGCAGCAGCACAAUGGCGCGGAGCGACUCGAGCGAGACCGUGACGGACCGCUUCGCUUCACAUGAAGAGCGCGGGAGGCGACGGGAGAGUCAGUUCGGAGACGCGAUCCAGCAGCUGGACGUGCUGGACGCUCAGGAGCGCUAUGAGGAGGAGACCAAGGACCGGGGCAUCGGCGCCCUGCACCACAUCCGCUCCAGGACGCGCAGCCGGACACACGAAAUGGUCAUUUCCUGGGAGCACAACGACCCCGAGAACCCUUACAACUGGCCGAAUCCCAAAAAGCUCUUUGUCCUUGUCAUCACGGCCAUGCUCGUCAUCAACUCAACCAUGGGGUCCGCUCUGCCGAGCAUGGCCGUCCCCAACAUCACGCGCGACUUUGGCGUCACUUCCGCGCCGCAGAAAGUGCUCCCCAUCAGCGUCUUCUUGAUCGGAUACGUCUUCGGGCCCAUCAUCUGGGGCCCCCUCAGCGAGCACUUUGGUCGUCGCUACUUGACCAUCAUCACCUUCAUCGCCUUCUCCCUCUUCACCAUGGCGUGUGCCCUCGCCCCCAACUGGCCUGCUCUUCUGGUCUUUAGGCUGUUCUGCGGUGUCUUCGCCAGUUCCCCCAUUGCCAUCGUGGCCGGCAUCCUCGCCGACAUCUACGGCGAGCCCAGGACCAGGGGCAGGGCGUUUGCCGUCUUCAUGGUGACCACCGUCUGGGGCCCCCUCUUUUCGCCCAUUGUCUCCGGUUUCACUUCCACGACCAUUGGUUGGCGCUGGACGUUUUGGAUCGCGCUCAUGUAUGCCGGCGCCACCCUCGUCCUCAUCGCCUUCAUCCCCGAGACCUUUGGCCCGAUCCUGCUCUCCCAACGCGCCCGCAAGCUCCGCGAGGGGGACCCGUCCCUGCGCGUCGUCGCCCCGCGCGACCUCGAGGAGACGGAUCUCAACCGCCUGCUCACCGUCGUGCUCACCCGCCCCCUGCGCAUGCUCUUCUCCGAGCCCAUCGUCUCCGCCACGUGCGCCUACCUCGCCCUCGUCUACACCAUCUUCUACAUGUCCUUCCAGGCCUUCCCCAUCAUCUUCCAGCAGCUCUACCACCUCUCCCCUGGCGUCACCGGCCUGUGCUACCUGCCCAUAGGCGGCGGCGCCAUGCUCAGCAUGCCCGUCUUCUGGUACUGGGACGGCGUCCUCGCCCGCGCCCAGGACCGCGGCGACCGCUGGGUCCAACGCGAAGAGUACCGCCGCGUGCCCCUCGCCUGCGUCGGCGGCCCCCUCUACGUCGUCUCCCUCUUCUGGCUCGGCUUCGGCGCCAGGGACUCCGUCUCCUUCGUCGUCCCCAUGCUCGCCGGCAUCCCCUUCGGCAUGGGCUUCAUGCUCAUCUUCAUGGCCCUGCUCAACUACCUGACCGACGCCUACGAGAUCUUCGCCGCCUCCGCCAACGCCGCCGCCUCUUGCUGCCGCUCCCUCCUCGCCGUCGUCCUGCCCCUCGCCACGACGCCCAUGUUCGCCCGCCUCGGCAUCUCGGGCGCCUGCGCCCUCCUCGGCGGCCUCAGCGCCGCCAUGUGUGUCAUCCCCUUUGUCUUCAUUUGGAAGGGGCCCACGAUAAGGAGCAGGUCUCGCUUCUGCAUCGCGCUGCGCGAGCGCAAAGAGGAGAUGCUGCGGAAGGCUGAGGAGGAGCGACAGCGCUUGGAGCGCGCUGCACGGCGAGAAAAGGAGGACGCUGUCUGAAUAGCUGCUUCGGGCUGCACUGCAGCGUCGAAGGCAGAGAGGCGUUCCAACUACAGCAAAUGUGAUCACGUGCAAACAAUGAGCACCAAAGCUCUGUAGUCUCGCUUGGUUGCUGUCGUUGAUAUAUAUACCGAGUUCAUCGACACGCUCACAACCAGAUCACACGACGGCUGAGUCACUAGAGUCUUGCUGAUUAUAAAGCUCUACAUAGCCGACAGAAAAUAGAGACUGCGAAGAACUGCAGUUACCAUGCUUUAACGUAAAGGCAGGCCCGGCGUCUUCGCAAAAGAGGGGCCCCCAACCCGACUGGAGGUCUGCAUCAUCGGCUGAUGGGGUGCAUGGUUAUAGCAUAACAACUGAACUUUCACCCCGAUCCAGAGUGGCAUCCAGCUGACCACGGAGCCUUAACAGCGUCAAGGACGUCGCCCCGUCACAUCAGCGUUAUUUUCCGUAGGUCAACAGGACACACGCUCCUUGCUCGAAACAGAGCCCCCCUCAAUCGGUGAAAGGCCAGCUCCGUCGCCCUCUGGCUGUCAAUCUCGAGACUGGUGCGUGAUCGAACGUAGCGAACGGGGCGGGGAUGCUCGGGGGCCACUUCCAGGCUCAUCUGCUGAUUUCCACCGGCGAACAAUCUGUUGCGACGUACCGUUGUUUGACAUUGUUCCCAUCCUACCUGAGGGGGAAUCUGAAUGGAGACGACUCAUUGGUGUGAUGAAGACAUCAGGUCCUUGGUCCCGACUUGCUGAAUCUACUGGGGUUCUGCAAAAUCUUUCAGCGGCAUCGGCUAGCUUCAUGUGCUUCUGGUAGUCUUUGUUUGACAAUUUGGCGUUCGAAAUGCCUGUGUCUAGCGAGGUGCCUUUUGUCAUCCUAUCCCUAAUGGCGUUUUGGAACUCGUCGAUAGAUGUCUCUGCUCUGCAGUUGGCCGGCAGAGCUCUGUGGUCCUGGUAUUGUCCGUCAGGAUUGAAUGCCUCUGACGAGGUCUUCACAACAUCCACUUCCAAC